UUAGCGAAUUAGAAGAACAAUUAGAAGUUGAGCGUGCAAACAUGCAGCAGAGUAUUGACUUCGAGCGUUCUGAGAGAGAGCAACUUGAGGUGAAGUUGCAAGAAGAGCGUGAUGCAAGGGAAAAAAUGGUGGAAGAGGAGCGAAGAUCAAGGCUCGAAUUUGAAAAAACCAUGAUGGCAAAGUUCAACCAACAGAUGGCUAGAUUUAGCCAACAGAUGGGAAACCAACAGGUGCUUAAGAAGAGGAAUGACAAAGAAAAUAUUAAUUCAAAUUUGCAAACCACUCUUUUACAGAGCUCCAGUCCUAACAGGAAUCCAGGAGCAAAGUCAAAUUUGAUUUCUACAAAUUCACUCAUACAAGCUGCAACACUGAAUUCUCGAAUGUACAGAGCAUUGGACCCAAAGAAUGCUGGACAGGGUUGAAGUACACGGAAAACUGCACAUACUUUAGAGAGUUGAACUACCAUGGUGGCAAUUAAUGGACUCAACUCUACUGGAUUGCUACCUACAUUUUACUUUAGUUGCAUUUGAUGGAUAUUUGAUAUGAGAAUUGUGAUUUGUAUGAACCUACAUAUUAUACGUGUGAAUUUGAAUUUUGUAAUUCAAUGGUUGUAUUUUUUUU